UUAACCACUUCCCAUCCAGCCCAUGUUCAUAAAAGGCCAAAUGGGAGCAGUGCAGGAGAGAGUGGCCAUUUAUAAACAGCCUCCACAUUCACUGUCUGUGCAUGCUCUCUGGGAGUGUACGGCACCGCUCAGUAUGGGACCUCUGUGUGAGAUCCCGAUCAUAGUAGUAAGCAAGAUGUCACUUCCUGACAUCAUUGCUUACUACGUGUGAAAUCUGUGAAUGAUCACAGAGGUCACAUGGUACAAGGCUAUUCACAACAGCUUGUACCAUGUGACAAGCUGUGACCAAUCACAGAUUUCACA